AUGACUCUUUGGCUCGCUGCUUGGGUGUUUAGUAUGGUCGUACUUGGAGGUGUUACACGACUAACAAGAUCUGGUCUUUCGAUGACUGAUUGGAAGUUCAGUGGUGGGCUCCCUCCUCUAUCUGAUGAGGAAUGGUUACAGGAAUUCGAGAAGUACAAGCUGUCCCCUGAAUAUAAGCGGGUUAAUCGAGGAAUGAGCAUUGAUGAUUUCAAAUUUAUAUACUGGAUGGAAUAUGCUCAUCGUAUGUGGGGAAGAGCUCUUGGUAUCAUGUUUGCUUUGCCAUUUUCAUAUUUUCUUCGUAAGGCAUAUAUUACCCUACGACUUGGACUGAAACUCUCUACUCUUUUCGCCCUUGGUGCUGGGCAGGGGCUGAUUGGAUGGUGGAUGGUUAAAAGUGGUUUAGAGCCUAGAGUAAGCCCGUAUCGGCUUGCAACUCAUCUCACUUCAGCAUUUGUUAUAUACAGCGGCCUUCUUUGGACAGGUCUCUCGGUGGUAAUGCCCGAACCACCUGCAGAAACAAUGUCCUGGGUUAAGGGUGCUGCAAAAGUAAAGAGAUUCGCUCUUCCUGUCAGCUUACUUGUCGGCAUUACUGCUGUCUCAGGAGCAUUUGUUGCAGGAAAUGAUGCUGGACAUGCCUACAAUACUUUUCCAAAGAUGGGUGACACAUGGAUACCUGAGGAUGUUCUAGAAAUGAAGCCACUUAUUCGCAACUUCUAUGAAAAUACUUCGUUGGUAGAGAAUAUUCCUUUAACCGCAUUUACAGCUUGA